CACUAAAUCGCCGGUAUAUUGCAUCUCUGCGGCCUUGUGUUGGAGUGUUGAACUCAUAUCAUUUUCAAAUAUCGGCUGGAAGUAAUAACAAGCAAUUUUCAUCAUGUUUUUAGUAAGACGCAGCGCCUCAAGAUUAUAUCCAAGUGGUCUCAAUUUGGCCAAAAUGAGUUCUAGCCAGUUGGGUGAUUUGGGCAGUGGCGCCGGUAAAGGUGGUGGCGGUGGUGGUUCCAUUCGUGAGGCUGGCGGUAGCUUUGGCAAAAUGGAAGCUGCCCGUGAGGAGGAAUACUUCUACAAAAAGCAAAAGGAUCAAUUGGAGCGUUUGAAGAAUGAUCAAAUCCAUCAAGCUGAAUUCCAUCAUCAGCAAAUCAAGGAACACGAAGAAGCCAUUCAGCGCCACAAGAAAUUUUUGGAAAAUUUGGGAAAAUAAUUUAAAGAAUCAUUCUUUACACCAGUUACUACUUGUACUGUCCAUCCAUAAAAAAAGUGGCACCUUAAGCGAAACGUUACCAUUGACAAAAAGCAGACAGAAAAGUACACUACAAAUGAUUCAGUAUAACUAUUGCAUAGCUUUUUUCUACAAACUAAACAAAUGAAUUCUAAAAGUUAAUUGUAAACGUAAUAUUUUUUGUAUGAAUUCCCCUACCAUUUUUUUAUAUACGAUACAUUAACACUUUGCUGCAGGGUUUUUCGUUUUUGUAUCUAUUCAUGCCUGCAAUGCAUUCAACAUACAAUGGCACUCUGUUUGUUUGUUUGUUUUUUUUUCGACUUCCAUGUAUGUGAAAUGUAUUCUUACUUGAUAAGAAAUAAAAUAUUUUCCGAAAUGCUUUAAAUCAA